GCCUGACCGAGCGGCAGAUCAAGAUCUGGUUCCAGAACCGGAGGAUGAAGUGGAAGAAGGAGAACAAGCUGAUCAACUCCUCCUCUUCCUCCACGGUAAACGGUACAGAUGAGGAGGAGAAACGGACGGACUGAUGUUUCAUGGAAAGGAGGAAGAGAAGCUGAAGAAAGGACAGGCUGCAGACAGGUGGACUCUGGGAGCGGAGCUCCUUUUUCCAACUUUUUUUUUUUCUUUCUGAUUGAACAGAAUUAAAACUCGUAGGUUAGGAAAAUAGACCGACUUGCUUCCGUGACCCCUCAGAGCUCUUUGAAACGUCUCAUUGAAAACACUGACGGUUCUUUAAGAAGUUUUUGUGCAAUUUGUACGUUUUGAACCGGAUAAAUAAACGCUGAAAUCUCUGCAUAUGAUUAGGGAAAAAAAACAGAACGUUGUUAAAAAAUUUAUUAGUUUUAAUUUUAUUUAAAAGUUGUUUUUCUUUCGCAAAUGAAACCAAAUCGUGAAAAAAAAUAACAUUUCUGAGGACAGGAUAUGAAAGGUUUCCUUCAGUUUACAAAGCUGAGUUUUUGCAGGUGAAACGUUCACAGGUUCGAGUCACACAGAGAAAUCCUAUUAAAAGGUUUUAUGAUGAAAAACAGACAAUAAGGAUGAAAGUAAUUUAUGAAAACACAAACUAAAAUAAGCCCUAAAAUGUAAAAAAAAAACAGGAAACGUACAACACAAAUUAAACAUUAAAG